AUUGAAGUUGUGUACAUGUCGAAAGUUUUAAUAGUAAUGCACGAUGGUAGUACCGUAAAUAUACUUGUCAUGUGCAACGCGGAAAGGAUUUGACCUAAUGUAAACGGGCCCAGAAUAAUGCCACUAUUUGGUAAAAAGGACGACAGAGGUAUUGACUACAAAUCUAGGUUGGAGCAUAAACUAUAUUUGGCUCGUGAAAAUCCGGAGCCAGUUUUCGAUUUGUCCGAUUGUGCGCUGAAACAUGUGCCAUCCGGUGUCUACACGCUCUGUAAAGUGUUCAGGAAAGAAGCGCUUUAUAUGCAGGACAAUCAUUUGACAUCUCUAUCUGGAGGAGGGAAUCUGGCUGACCUUUCACUUCUGCAAGUGCUGGAUCUUCAUAACAAUUCUCUUUCAAAGUUACCAGAUGACUUAAGGCAUCUACAAAACCUUAGGGUUUUGAAUCUCAGCAGAAACUCCUUAAAACAGCUUCCUGCCACUGUAUCUGAGCUCAAAUUAUUAAAUACAUUGGAUGUAUCAAACAAUAGACUGAAAGAUAUUUUAUGUGAGUUCAAUGAACUCAGACAUUUGGAAUCUUUGGAUGUUCGGGGAAAUAAAUCACUGUCUAAGCUGCCAACCUCCCUUGGACAUUGUGUACAUUUGAAAAAGUUAUUAGCAGAUACAGACUCCUUAAGAUACCCACCUCCCAACAUAGUACAACAAGGAACUACAGCUGUUGUUACAUUUCUGUCACAAGAGUGUGGUUUAGAAUAUAUACCACCAAGUGAAUCCGAGCCUGAUAGUGGCAUACCAACAGUGACUGAAAGUGAUGACAUAGACUGGGAAUUCCAGGAGCAGAAACGAAGAGAAAUGCUGGAGCUUGAGAGGAGUAUAGAGGAGCAACAGAGAAAAGAAUUAGAGCUUCAAAAUGUUAUGAGAAUUUCCAAAGAAAAAUUGCUGGGAGAUUUACUGGAACAACAGAUCAGACUAGAAGAUGAGAUUCAGCGUGCUCACCGAGAGCGUGAAUCAGAAAGACGACGUUUAAUUGAACAUUUGCAAACAGUUGAGCAAACAACAGAUCAUAUGAUUUCUCAACUGCUGUCAUUAAGUGCAAGCGAAGCUAAUGUGGAGCAUUUGCAGCAUCUCUUAGAGAAAGAACGACAGCAAGAAGAGCAGCUUUUAAAUUUACGACAAGAGGAGUAUCAGCACCUGCAUCAACAGGAAAUACUUAAUGCAAUGGAGGCACUGCUAGAAGAAGAAGGGAAACAUGAACAGAAGUUGAGGGAGUAUGAGCAAGACAGAGCUGAGACAACUCGCACAUUGUUGAGCCAGGAACUGGAAAAUAACGAGCAGCUGCUGAGCUUAUUGUCAAACCAGGAUCAGAACAAGAAUGAGCUCUUGAGAAGAUUGCACAAAGAUGAGGAGUUGCAACGUGCAGCUGUUGGGGCCCUGUUGGAGCGAGGUGAUGCACGCUCAUGGGGGCUUGUGCAGCAAGUGGCUAUUGUAAGCUCCCAGCUAAGUGCACUUACUGCCCUUGAACUGGAACGCAGGCGUCUUGAUGUAGCAGAGCAUGUGGCUGAAUUAAGUGAGAAGCGGAAAGCACUUUCUCACUUGCUUGUAAAACUGAUGGGCCAGCAAGAAGAGCGGCGUAAACAACUUCUCCGAACCUUGAAUGAAAUGGAGCGUCGAAGGCCACCAGACAAAGAGUCUCAAGCUGACUUCUGGCUAAUGCAGUAUCAACGGCUGCUUGAUUCACGACCACCAAGUCUUGUUGAUCUGGAACGUAAUUUAGAUCCAGCUUUGGGACAUCAUCUUGUAAUGGCUGGAGUUGUUCACUGUUUGCCCUUUUUGUCAGAAUGGGUACAUGACACAAAACGCCUUGAGGAACUGACUGAUUAUGACCUUAUUCAGGCUGGCAUUAAAUCAUCAGAAGAUCGAGCAGCCAUUAAAAAAGCCACAAUGGAAUACUUGCAAGAGAAAACAAGUAAUACAUCAAGUGUGGAGCCUCAAGAUGUGCCAUCAGCCCCAUCUCUUCCAGAGACAGAAACGCACAAUAUGGAUGCUGAAUGUGUAGUUUGUCUAGAUAGACAGAGUGACAUCGUAUUUGUCUCAUGUGGUCAUAUGUGCUGCUGCAGUAUAUGUUCCAAUCCACUAACAGAAUGUCCGAUGUGCCGAAGCAACAUCGUGCAGAAGCUGCGUGUUAUAAUGCCAUAA